AAAAAAGGUCACCAACCCAGAGCACCCGGAGCACCACCAAACGCCGGACGCGGAGGCAGAGGCGGAGGCCCGGCGCGCCGGUCGGCCCCCUUCCAUGCUCGCCGGCGUCGGCCGCCGCUGAUGCCCAGCCCGCCCAAGGACCGCCCCGCCGGCCGCCUCGGCCGCCUCAUCUCCGCGCUCCGCCCCGCGCGCGCCGGCCCGCUCCCCGUCCAGACCGGCUUCCCCACCUCCCUCGCCGACCUCUUCGUCAAGAACCAUGGCCGCCUCAAGAAGCAGCAGGGGCCAUCCUCCACCAGGCGCAAGAGGCGGGGCGCUCCCCCUUUGCCUUCCCCGGAGCCCUCUCCCCCGCCCCCCUCUCCUCCACCGCCGUCGCCCCCGCCGGCCGCCGUCUCCCCGCCGUCGGCCCAGCCAGGGCCCGACCCUCCGCGGGCGGAGCCCGUCUGCCGCCCCGGAGGCCAAGCCGCCGGCCUCGGAUUGGGGUUCCUCGCGCUCGUCGGCGCGGUGUCCCUCGCCCUCCUCGUGAUCUGGAGCAGGAAGGUGGUUGCGGCCGUCACCGUCGCCGCCUUCUCCCUCUUCCUGCUGGAAUCCGUCCGGGCGUCCUCGCUUCGCCGGGGGCCCCGGCCCCCGGCGCCCACCGCGGAGCUGGACAUCGACGGCCGCGGCUACGUCUCGCCGAUCCGGGAGCUGGAGGGGGAGCCGGAGCCGCUGGGGUCGAGCUUCUCCGACUCCGGCAGGGGGAUCAGCGCCUCCAUCCUCGGCAUUGACGAGAGGAGCGAGGCCGGCGAGGAUUCGUGCGUGUGGGAGCCGAAGCCGAGGAAGAGGUCGCCAUGGAGGAAGCUGAUCCCCAGGAAAUUGCAGAGAGGCCGGAAGAUUGGCAAGGACCCGGGCUCCCUGUCAAGUUCUUUCCGGUCAAGCUCUUUCCGCAGCGAGGUCAGCCAGGCGGAUUCCACGGUCGGCGGCAAUGCCGGGGCGACGGAUCCCCCGGACUCUCGCCGCGGCAGACGCAACCAAGCGAAUGCCAAGGCGGACGCCGUGGGCAAGUCGCCGGAUUCAUCGGGCCCUCUCCGCCUUGGCAUGGUUGACGGCAUCAAAUCGCGCGAUUCGUCGGGCCCUCUCCGCCUUGGCAUCAUGGGCGACGGCGUCAAAUCGCGCGACUCAUCGGGCCCUCUCCGCGGCACGGUCGACGGCGCGGACGCCGCCACCAAAUCGCCUGAUUCGUCGGGCCCUCUCCGCGGCAUGGUUGACGGCGAGGCGCGCAACAACGGUGCGCGUGCGCCGAUAGAACUCGCCGGGGCGGACGGCGUAGGAGGCCGGUUCCCCUUGGUAGCUGUAACCGUCGUCGUCCUCGUAGGCUUGGUCGCCGGGAGGGUCCCGGCCGUGGCGCUCACCGUACUUUGGUCCGUGCUGGUUGGCUCGCUGCAGAGAUUGCGGCGGGACGGCGAUGUAGGAACCUCCCAGGGUUGAUGUACAUUACAUUCAUCCAGUUGUUGCGCCGAUCGAGCUGUCGUUUCAGCCAUUCACGCCGCCAAUGGCCGGCCGGUCCGCGCCAUGGCCGCGAGGUGUUGGGACAGAGAGGACCAACUGGUUCGGUGCAGAUGGCACAUGCCCUGCACCCCCAACACGACGAGCAGAAACUUGGGCGUUUUAGCGAGAAGUAGAGGGAGACACAGCGCAAGCUCCAUCCAUCGAUAUGGCUUUGUCGAUCCGCGCCGAACGAAACGAAACAGCUUUGGAUUCUUCCGUUGCUUGUCCGUGGCCGUGGCUGGACCAGGCUACCAAAAGCCGCAUGCAGCGAAAGCAGAGGCGGCAGGCAGGCACGGAGAGCGAGCAGCGCAGGCCACCGUUCAUGAAUCACGAGGCUACCAACGGACGGCAUUGCUCGCUUUUCGCCGCGGUGCCGCCACGUCUCGGCCCCCUUCUCCUUCUCCCUCUCCCGUGGCCGAGCUCCGUCCGUCCAUGGCGCAGCGCCGGCGGUGGAUCGCGUCUCGAGUCUCGAAUCGUCCGUUCCGGCGUUAAAAGCAAGGAGCGGAUGGAUUCCUCUCUUUGCUUCCAUUUGGACGGUCCAGCAGCUCCGAUUCGUUCCUGCUCGCGGCCGGCCAGUCCACCAUAGGGGAAGUGGCUGUCAGAUGAGAUCAUCGCGAGCGCGUCCUCCCGUCGUUGUCACGUAGCCGUGGCACUCCGGCGAAUGCCAAGACUCAUGUAAGUCAAGCAGUAAGUGGCGAGGCUUGUUUUGUUGGCAACUUUCACAAGUUUCUGUGCGGGAAUUGAUUCCCUGGUCAAAGUCUCGCCCGAUUUUUGUGCUGGUUUGAUUCCAGCCGUCGGCAGCUACUAGACCGGCCAAAAACUUCUUUUCUACAAACUCAUCGCCACAGAGGUCUUCGAGCUUCUUUGAGUAACUGGGUGGUGCAUGAAUUCAAAAACUCCUUUUCC